UGUAGCUGAUUCAUAUCUCACAGCACACACAUUGACCAGCAAACAGACUCUGAUGUUAAACGUGGGUUGACUUUCACUUUAUUCUCUUUCUCUGUAGCUUGGUUUCGUGAACUUACUGGACUACCCAGAACCGGACUUGUGCCUAAGGACCUCCAAAUUCAAUCAAAUCUAACAGAAAACGUGACCAUUGGCUGGACAAUCCUGGACUUUGACAGACUGGCGGUUAAGAAAAGACAUGGGGCAUAUGAAGAUUGGCGGGACUGGUCCAGGUUGGCUUUCUUUGCCACUGUUCUGUGAGUGCUACGUGCUCUACAAACCAGGCUGCCUGUGCCAGCAGGCGCUGAGAGGGAGCCAUCCGCCGUCACGCUGUGAGAAGAUAUGACCUAAAGAGACUACCUGACAUGAUGACUCCUUGCUGUCCCCAGUCCACCUGGCCGUGCUGCUGCUCCAGUUUCAACUGUUCUGCCUGUGAUUUUUAUUAUUUGACCAUGCUGGUCAUUUAUGAACAUUUGAACAUCUUGGCCAUGUUCUGUUACAAUCUCCACCCGGCACAGCCAGAAGAGGACUGGCCACUCCACAUAGCCUGGUUCCUCUCUAGGUUUCUUCCUAGGUUUGGGCCUUUCUAGGGAGUUUUUCCUAGCCACCGUGCUUCUACACCUGCAUUGCUUGCUGUUUGGGGUUUUAGGCUGGAUUUCUGUACAGCACUUUGAGAUAUCAGCUGAUGUAAGAAGGGCUAUAUAAAUACAUUUGAUUUGAUUUGAUUGGUGGUCAAGAUGUGUUGGUAUCUGUACUGAUGGGGCAAAAGCCAUGACAGGGAGACAUAGUGGAGUGGCUACGUGCAUGCAAGCAGUUGCUCCCGACGCCACUUGGGUACACUGCAGUAUCCACCGAGAGGCUCUUGCUGCCAAGGGAAUGCCUGACAGCUUGAAAGACAUGUUGGACAUGUGUAUUUUCUGCAUUAUAUGGGCAGCAAUGAUAUGGGCAGCGACCAUGUAAUGCUUUUACAACAUACCCUGGUUAUCAAGGGGUAAAGUAUGGACACUUUUUAAAAAUGAUUUACUGACCAUCAUUUUCACUUGUCUGACCGCUUGCAUGAUGACGAGUUUCUCACACGACUGUCCUAUCUGGGUGAUGUUUUUUCUUGCCUGAAUGAUCUGAAUCUAGGAUUACAGGGACUCUCCACAACUAUAUUCAAUGUGCGGGACAAAAUGUCUAUGAUUAAGAAGUUGGAAGUUGGACAACACACAGGUCUUUCCAUCAUUGUAUGAUUUUUUGUGUGCAAAUGAACUCAAGCGUACGGUCAAUGUCAAGUGUGGUAUAGCGAAGCACCUGCGUGAGCUGGGUGCGUAAUUACAGAGGUACUUUCCCGAAACGGACGACACUAACAACUGGAUUCAUUAUCCCUUUCAUGCCCUGCCUCCAGUCCACUUACUGAUAUCUGAACAAGAGAGCCUCAUCGAAAUUUUAACAAGCGGUUCCGUGAAAAUGUCAUUUAACCAGAAGCCACUGCCAGAUUUAUGGAUAGGGCUGCGCUCAGAGUAUCCUGCCUUGGCAAAUCGCGCUGUUAAGACACUGAUGCCCUUUGCAACAACGUACCUAUGUGAGAGUGGAUUCUCGGCCCUCGCUAGCAUGAAAACUAAAUCUAGACAUAGCCUGUGUGGAAAAUGAUUUAAUACUGAGACUCUCUCAACAUUGCAGAGUUAUGAGAAUACUUUCAAGCACACCCUUCUCAUUAACCUGUUGUGAGUUAUUCACCAUUUUUGACAAACAAAUAAGGUAUUAUAUGUAAGAUGGCUAAGUAAAGAGGAAAAUGAUUGUUUAUUAUUAUUUAUGCCCUGGUCCUAUAAGAACUCUUUGUCACUUCCCACGAGCCAGGUUGUGACAAAAUCUUACACUCAUACUUAUGUUGUUAUGCAGGCUUACAAUGAGAGUGCGCUGACCCUGGUGCUAGAGGGGAUACACAGCGGGAGGUUGAAUUUUUGAAGGGGUAUGGGACUAUAAAAAGUUUGGGAACCACUGGCCUAAACCAUUCACCUUUCAUUGCCACUUUACUCCACAUUUUUACAUACAGAAAACACAUUGGUAAUUCAUCCAUAUGCAUUUCCAUGCGACUCAGUCUAUAGUUGUGUAUUUACAAAACUUUGCAUUGGUUCCACAAACCAAAUCUUACAUAGUGAGAUUUUAAGUUGCCAAUGCAAAAACAGUUGUCCCUGUUUGAGUACAUCUUUAGGCUUAAGUUCCUUGAGGGUUGUAGACAGCAGAAAGUGUGGGAGCUUUAGAUGGGAUGAUAGAUGUCAGUCAGGAAUGCCAAUUACAGGAGUGUGGAUCCUCAGCAUAUGUGUUAAAUGGAGCAGAAAGUUAAUCCCCUGAGUGUACCACGGCAGAGCCGAUGACCCACGUGGCGGCCAGGGAGAGAGUGGCCACUUGGGACCCAGCCAAAGACCCACCUAUCCCAUAGCUCAUAUCUGUCAGUGUCACUCUGUGUCUCUCAUAUAAGUAUGUAGGCCUACCAUACCCAUCUCUGAGGGACACGGAUAAGCAAUGGGUUUAGGGUGUGAAACUCAUUGCGAGGUUCCAACACUACUGCAUCAGCCAAACACUGGCAUCACUGAACAACUUGUAUCCCACAUUAAACUAAGAUAUGAGGAUGUAUUAAUCUUCAAUACUCCAUAAUAUGUCUGUGCCAGAUAAGGUCAGUAAUGCAAUGGGUGGUUUAAUAGUAAAAUAUUUUAUAAAAAUAAAUCAGCAGAGAAGCCCAGACUCCUCCAGCAGAGAAACCCAGACUCCUCCAGCAGAGAAGCCCAGACUCCUCCAGCAGAGAAGCCCAGACUCCUCCAGCAGAGAAGCCCAGACUCCUCCAGCAGAGAAGCCCAGACUCCUCCAGCAGAGAAACCCAGACUCCUCCAGCAGAGAAACCCAGACUCCUCCAGCAGAGAAACCCAGACUCCUCCAGCAGAGAAACCCAGACUCCUCCAGCAGAGAAGCCCAGACUCCUCCAGCAGAGAAGCCCAGACUCCUCCAGCAGAGAAGCCCAGACUCCUCCAGCAGAGAAGCCCAGACUCCUCCAGCAGAGAAGCCCAGACUCCUCCAGCAGAGAAGCCCAGACUCCUCCAGCAGAGAAACCCAGAGUCCUCCACUAGAGAAACCCAGAGUCCUCCACUAGAGAAACCCAGAGUCCUCCACUAGAGAAACCCAGAGUCCUCCACUAGAGAAACCCAGAGUCCUCCACUAGAGAAACCCAGAGUCCUCCACUAGAAAAACCCAGACUCUUCCACUAGAGAAACCCAGAGUCCUCCACUAGAGAAACCCAGACACUUCUACUAGAGAAACCCAGAUUCAUUCACUAGAGAAACCCAGAUUCCUCCACUAGAGAAGCCCAGAGUCCUCCACUAGAGAAACCCAGACUCCUCCACUAGAGAAACCCAGACUCCUCCACUAGAGAAACCCAGACUCCUCCACUAGAGAAACCCAGACUCCUCUCAAUCCAUUGUCUCAUUUACAUUUUCGUCUCACUAGAGCUCUAUCAAUUCCACCUCUUCAUGUGACACAGGGAUAAUGGGUCUCUGGUGCAGUCUGUGGCCAGGUACUCCUCUAUAACUACCCAGGAAGAGAGAUAGGAGCUAGCGAUGCUAUCUGUGGACCACAUUAAAAACAAAAGAGUGUCGUAAAGACGCCCAGUGGGAAGUGACAUGAACUUGACAUGAAGUGGUCUCAUCUGAUGCAGCCUACAGUCUCCUGUGGAUUCUCAAGACAGGCCUGUGAGACAGUGAAAAAUGUUCAUCGCUUCUCUCCAGCCUGGAGUCUACAAAUGUAAUUCUACUCCAGCAGCGAUUUCAGCCCAGAUGCACUUGUUUUUCUGGUCGUUCAUCAAUCAAAUGCCAAGCAGAAAAAUCAUCCAGAGACAGUACACUUGAGAAAUCUGGCGCUUAGCAACCUACAGGACUUGACUGCAAAUACCAUCAUAUUUCUGAUUUAUUCAAAAAUGCAUUCAUGAUGCUUCAUCUGAAUAUGCCAUUCUGUCAGCAAUAUGAUUUAUCAUACACAGUGGGGGCAUGGUAAUUUACUAAAGUAUGACAGAAUUAGGUUAUUGAGCUGAUUUAAUUUCCAGAGGGAACCACCCCAGUGGAAAAAAGAACAUGAUUUGCCAAUUAACAAUAAUCUCUCCCGUCCUUUUCGGGGACAUUACAAUAACUGCAAUAGCUUUUUAAAGCUAGAGGUUUAAAUGAAGGCACAGAGCAUGUCCAUAAUCAUGAGUAAACUCGGUGGAAAUUACAGAAAGUUAGUUGUUAUAUGCUCAUUAGUUUCUCCAGCGUUGUGUUUAUGUACAGCUGCUGUCUAUUUGAUAAAGACCACACUAGGUUAACCUGUACAUACAGUACUAAUACUGUAUAUCACACUAAUAUGAUCAGUUCAUAAUUACAAUGAAAUAGACAAACGAGGAUAUUACAAUAAUCAGAAUAAGCACUAUUUGCUUUGAAAUCAACAAAAUACAGAAUUUAAGGGGAAUGAUGAUGAUGAAUUAUUGAACUAUCAAAUGCAUAAAGUAGGCCAUCAUUGGAAAUAAGAAUUUGUUCUUACCUGACUUGCCUACUUAAAUAAAGAUUAAAUAAAAAUAUUGAACCAGAUUUUUUUAAUAAACGUCUGUAGUUAUGCAGAACAGGAUGGUAAACAAAGUACAUUAUUUCCCGGCUGUCAGCGGCACUAAUGAUGUGCCAUUCAAACCCCUGCAACACAGUGAGGAUGCUUUGACAAGUGGAAAAUCAGGAAGAUGACAAGUAAUCUAAAAAAAUACUUACGCGGAAGAUAAUUAGUCAUCUGCAUACGACCAUGAGUGGAAUACCAAGUAGCUAUGCCUAUAGCAAAAUAUGUUUGAACAUCAAUUUUAUGUGUGUAUUUUUGUAGUUUGGGGUCAUCUGAAAUGGGGGGCCAUUUUAAUCAGGCAAGGGGAAACUGAUUAAAAAAAUAUGGUUUGGGUUUUGAAUGGAGAGCUAAUGUAUUUUGCUGACACAUCUGCCUGGCUCCAUCACAGAGCUUAUGGUUUGGAGGUCCCAGCUGUAUGCCAGCACAGAGUUAGUGUGUGUGUGUGCGUGCGUGCGUGCGUGCGUGUAUGUGUUUCUAUAAGAGAGAGUAAAACCAAAUUGUGCAUGUUUUACAUGGUUGGGAUUUGGGAAAUGUGAGGAGGACUUGAGCAAAACGUGCUUUCAUAGCUCCUGUCUUGUCUUGUACAUCUCAGUUUUUCAAUUCUGUUGCUGUUGCAGGGCCCAGAGAGCAGGAAGGUUGAUUUGACCUAAUCAGUGUUCUGAUGAACAACAUACAGUCAGUACCAGUCAAAAGUUUGGACACAUCUACUCAUUCAAGGGUUCUUCUUUAUUUUUACUAUUUCUACAUUGUAGAAUAAUAGUGAAGACAUCAGAAUUAAGAAAUAACACAUAUGGAAUCAUGUAGUUACCAAAAAAGUGUUAAACAAAUCACAAUAUAUGUUAUAUUGGAGAUUUUUCAAAGUAGCCACCCUUUGCCAUGUUGACAGAUUUGCACACUCUUAGCAUUCUCUCAACCAGCUUCACCUGGAAUGCUUUAACAACCGUAUUGAAGGAGUCCCCACAUAUUGCUGAGCAAUUGUUUACUGCUUUUCCUUCACUUUGUGGUCCAACUAAUCCCAAACCAUCUCAAUUGGGUUGAGGUUGGGUGAUUGUGGAGGCCAGGUCAUCUGAUGCAGCACUCCCAUCACUCUUCUUUGACAUUUUCUUAAAGUGCAGUUACAAAAACCAUCAAGUGCUAUGAUGAAACUGGCUCUCAUGAGGACAGCCACAGGAAAGGAAGACUCAGAGUUACAUCUAUUACAGAAGAUAAGUUCAUCAGAGUUAACUGCACCUCAGAUUGCAGCCCAAAUAAAUGCUUCACAGAGUUCAAGUAACAGACACAUCUCAACAUCAACUGUUCAGAGGAGACUGCCUAAAUCAGUCCUUCAUGAUCACAUUGCUGCAAAGAAACCAUUACUAAAGGACACCAGUAAGAAGAAGAGACUUGCGUGGGCCAAGAAACUCAAGCAAUGGACAUUAGACUGGUGGAAAUCUGUCCUUUGGUCUGACGAGUCCAAAUUUGAGAUUUUUGUUUCCAACCGCAAUGUCUUUGUGAGAUGCAGAGCAGCUGAAUGGAUGAUCUCCUCAUGUGUGGUUUUUCCCACCGUGACGCAUGGAGGAGGAGGUGUGAUUGUGUGGGGCUGCUUUGCUGGUGACACUGUCUGAUUUAUUUAGAAUUGAAGGCACACUUAACCAGCAUGGCUACCACAGGAAUUAGCUGGGAUUAGUUGGACUGCAAAGUGAAGGAAAAAUAGCCAACAAUUGCUCAGCAUAUGUUGGGACUCCUUCAAGACUAUUGGAAAAGCAUUCCAGUUUAAGCUGGUUGAGAGAAUAGCCAAGAGUGUGCAAAGCUGUCAUCAUGGCGAAGGGUGGCUACUUUGAAGAAUCUCAAAUAUAAAACAGAUUUUGAUUUGUUUAACACUUUUUUUGGUUACUACGUGAUUCUAUAUGUGUUUUUUCAUAAUU